GAGCAGCAGCUGAGUCCAGACCUCUGGAUACCAGGCUGCUGUGAACCUGCACCAUCUCUCCCUCUCUGAAACCAGGACCACAACUUCAACCAGCAGCAGGAAUGAACCAAAAGUGAAAGGACUCCGUGUUUGUCUCCCGGAUCAGUUUUGGUGAUGGUGAACAAGUGUUUCCUGAGGACCUGAUAGAAGACUGGAUGUGGUUGUAGCCAUGGUUACGUCAGGGUGGGGGGCGUGGGCCCUCUCCCCCUGUGGCCUCGUGCUGGUCAUCUGUUCGUCUGUGUGUCUGUCCCAGCAGCUUCACAUCAAACCAGCAGACUGUAGUAGGAAGGAGCAUCCUGUCGUCUCCUACCAAGCGUUGAGGCCGUGGAUGUCGGAGUUCUCCCAUCCAGGAGUGAAGGAUUUCUCCCAGCUGGCUCUGGACCUGAGCAGAAACCAGCUCAUUGUGGGAGCGAGAAACUUCGUCUUCAGACUGAGUCUGAGCAACGCCUCGCUCAUACAGGCGACAGAAUGGGCGCCCGACGAAGACACAAGGCGCUCAUGUCAGAGCAAGGGGAAGUCUGAGGAGGAGUGUCAAAACUACAUCCGGGUUCUGUUGAUAAGUGGGAGGACGCUCUUCACGUGCGGGACCAACGCUUUCACCCCCGUCUGCAUAACCAGGCAGAUUGGUAACAUCAGUCAUGUGUUGGACACGGUGAACGGCGUUGCCCGGUGCCCCUAUGACCCGCGCCACAACUCCACCGCCAUGGUGACAGAGAGGGGCGAGCUGUACGCUGCUACGGUGAUCGACUUCUCGGGACGUGACCCCGUCAUCUACAGGAGCCUGGGGAACAUCCCGCCGCUGCGUACCGCCCAGUACAACUCCAAAUGGCUCAACGAGCCUAAUUUCGUGUCUGUUUAUGAGAUCGGUCGGUUCGCCUACUUCUUCCUGAGAGAAACCGCGGUUGAGAACGACUGUGGGAAGAUCGUGUUCUCUCGCGUGGCCCGGGUCUGCAAGAACGACAUGGGUGGACGUUUCCUUCUGGAGGACACCUGGACCACCUUCAUGAAGGCCCGACUCAACUGCUCACGCUCGGGAGAAAUCCCCUUUUACUACAACGAGCUGCAGAGCACCUUUUACCUCCCAGAGCAGGACCUGAUCUACGGCAUCUUCACCACCAAUGUGAACAGUAUAUCAGCUUCUGCCGUCUGUGCCUUCAAUCUGAGCUCCAUCACGCAGGCCUUCAACGGGCCCUUUCGCUACCAGGAGAACCCCCGCACCGCCUGGCUCUCCACCCCAAACCCCAUACCCAAUUUCCAGUGCGGCACGCUGGAGGAGGGAGGCCCCGGUGGGAACCUGACAGAGCGCAGCCUCCAGGACGCUCAGCGACUCUUCCUCAUGAACGACGUGGUCCAGCCGGUCACCAUCAACCCUCUGCUCACUCAGGACAACCUGCGCUUCUCCAAGCUGGUGGUGGACAUCGUGCAGGGCCGAGACGCCCUCUACCACGUCAUGUACAUCGGAACUGAGUACGGCACCAUCCUGAAGGCUCUCUCCACGACCAAUAAAAGCCUUCAAGGCUGCUACCUUGAGGAGCUCAGGCUCUUACCUCCGGGGCAAAUCGGACCAAUCAAGAGCCUUCAAAUCCUCCACAGUGACAGAUCUUUGAUUGUUGGGCUUGAUGACAGACUGGUGAAGAUCCCACUAGAGCGCUGCUCCAGCUAUCCAGCUGAACGUCAGUGCAUGGAAGCUCGGGACCCUUACUGCGGCUGGGAUCACAAACAGAAGCGCUGCAGCACCAUCGAGGAGAGCUCCAACAUGAACCAGUGGACCCAGAACAUCACUGAGUGCCCAGUGAGGAACCUGACGCAGGAUGGCGGUUUUGGUUCCUGGGCGCCGUGGCAGCCUUGCAACCACGAUGACGGCGAGGGCUCCGUCAGCAGCUGCGUGUGUCGGGCCCGCUCGUGCGACGGACCUCUGGCCCGAUGUGGUGGCGUCGAAUGCAAAGGCCCGACCAUCCAGGUGGCAAACUGUUCCAGGAAUGGCGGCUGGACUCCCUGGUCUUCGUGGGGCCAGUGCAGCAGCAGCUGUGGUAUCGGAUUUGAAGUGAGGCAGCGGUCCUGCAACAACCCCUCGCCUCGCCACGGUGGUCGAAUCUGCGUCGGCCAGGGCCGAGAGGAGAGGCUGUGCAAUGAGAAGAAGCCCUGUCCCCUGCCAGUGUUGUGGACAGCAUGGGGCCCCUGGGCUCACUGCAGUGCUGAGUGUGGAGGGGGGGUCCACUCCAGGACCAGGACCUGUGAGAACGGCGACAGCUGUCCUGGAUGUUCCCUGGAGUAUAAGGCGUGUAAUCUCGAGGCUUGCCCUGAGGUGCGCCGCAACACCCCCUGGACCCCCUGGAUGCCGGUCAACGUCAGUCAAGACGGGUCGAGGCAAGAGCAGAGAUUCAGGUACACCUGCCGGGCGCUGCUCCCCGACCCCCAGCAGCUCCAGCUGGGCAAGAAGAAGAUGGAGACCCGGUUCUGCCCCAACGACGGGUCUGGAGCCUGCCAGACUGACUCUCUGGUUGAAGACUUGGUGAAGACCAGUGGGCGAACUCUGUCCCAGCCUCAAGGUGUGCGCUGGGGAUCAUGGGAAACGUGGUCCAGCUGUUCUCAGCAGUGUUCCAGAGGCUUCAGAACCCGGAAACGUAGCUGCUCGACCGCGGAGGGCAGGACGAACCCCAGCGCCUGCGUGGGAUCCCCGGUGGAGUAUCAGGACUGCAACACUCAACCGUGCCCAGUGAGUGGAGCCUGGACUUGCUGGUCCUCCUGGUCCCACUGCUCAGCCAGCUGUGGAGGCGGACACUACCAGCGGACUCGGACGUGCAGCAACCCGCCUCCUGCCAGCGGAGGAGACAUCUGUAUCGGCCUGCACACUGAGGAGGCGCUCUGUAGCACACACGCAUGUGAAGAUUGGGGUGAAUGGACGGAGUGGGGGGACUGCGACGACGAGGGUCUGCAGCGUCGCUCUCGUCGCUGUGGCGAGGACCAGGCGCCCGAGGCCGGUCUCUGCCAGGGUAACAUCAACCAGUCCAGGACCUGCCAGCCUCACGAGGUGCCGGUUAUUUUACCCGGACAGGAGGACCAGAGCUGUGGAACCUUUACUUUGUUCCAGUUAGUAGCCGUGGGCUCAGCCAGUUUCUUUGCAGCGGCUUUACUGUCAGCGCUGGCCUACACCUACUGCCACCAGCUGAACCGACCGUCGGCAGAGUCAGCGGUCAUCCACCCGAGCACACCCAACCACCUCACCUACAACAAGCAGGGCAACGCCACGCCAAAGAAUGAGAAGUACAUCCCCAUGGAGUUUAAGACGCUAAACAAGAACAAUCUCCACGUGAACGACGAGACGUGCAACCACUUCUCGUCCCCGCUGCCCUCCAGCAACAUGUUCUCCACCACCUACUACCCUCCCAGCCUGAGCAAGUACGACUUCCACCCAGACUCCCCCUGCAGGACCUACAUGCACAGCUGAGAGGAGGCGAGUCCAGGCUCUUUAAAUCAAACCCAACCCCUCUUUACUCGUCAACAUUUUGGAUUCCGCUUGUUGGUCAAGAUCGAAGUAAAACACCAAAAUCAUUCUCACGUUUUCAGUCAAAUUUGUAGAUCUGUUAAUGAGAUCUUUAAAAAAGCUCGGUUCACCCAAAUGAUAUCUUUUUAUGACGUCUUGCCAUGCAGAUCGUUUCGGUUUUAUUUGCCCAGGUGUUGAGAUAUCUGAAUUUAGUUUAUGGUGCCAACAGAGACUUUCCUUUACAUCAUGCACAGUUAUUAUAUGUGCAGAUUUUCAUUUACGAGUUGCUACAGCAUGCAAAGAACUUUAAGGUUUAGAGCAUGCACCAUGUGCACCAUAAACAACCAAUCCCCACAAGUUGAUGCUAAAGUUUGUGUAAUAUUCUACAAAAUAAGGCGUGAAAGUAGGAUCAAGUUGAACAAAGUCUACAGGAGGUAUCAUUUGUACGGGCUUAAAUAUUCAUAGACAUUAGUGCUAAAGUGUCCUUUUAGUUUUCCACAUUUUUUUCAAAUACCUGUAUUUAAACACUUGCAAAGUCUCCGGUGAAAAGCUGGCAGUGUUCUCGCCCAUUCUUGUUCAAAAGGUUGCUUCUUUUGUUUGAGGCAGAAGAAGAAUCAUCAACAAGGAGCUGCGUGUAGUCAGGUCUACCACAGUCCUUGUUGUUUUCGCCAACGCUAGAGGUAUGCAGCAGCCUUCACCUCUCUGUGUUUUUAUUCGUUCUCUAAAUGAAACCAGCACCUACUGUACAGGUGUUCCUCUUCCUUCAGCCACCCUGAGGUGCUCUGUUUGUGCUCAGGGCAGCGUGAGAGCAGGUUAGGACCCAGAGGCCUUCAGGUAGACCUCUUGGACAAUGUGUGUGCCUGGAUUUCCACUGGACUGAUUUGUUUUUUCAGCAGGUGGGUUCAGAGGACUCAGUAAUACUGUAAAAUAUUCUUUCUUGGACACGUAAGUGUGGGUUGCCAUCAGUACAGACUGAUAUCUGUGCUUAAAAGCAGACAAAUGAAAUGACUUUGUAAGAAAACCCACACUUUCAUCCUUCACUGUGUGCGACUGAAGCAAAGAAAUGAACUGAUUUCUGGCUUAUUUGCUUUAAUUUUUCAUGUUUAGCAGAAUCCACAACUGAAAACAACGCAGAAGAGGACUUUUCUGACACCUCACUAUGUGCUGUACAUUGUUAAAAAUGAAACUUUUCUGCAGAUUGUAUGAAUUAUUUUAGGUGUUGUUCACAGAUGUCACUAUUUGUAUCUGCUGAAAAUUACUUUUUUUGUCAGUCACACUUUUGGGAUGAUAAUACAUUAAGGUUAUUGUUAAUAAUAAAUCACCAAAUAUAAUACAGCUAUACCUGUAUUUUCCAGAGCCUCUCACCAGAGCAUGAACACACCAUAAAUCAGCCACAAACUUUCGGCUGCAGCGCCGCGCAGCAAAAAGGUUACUCAACGAUGUGUAUAACUGUGAUGGAUUAACUUGCUCAAGCAAGUCACUACAUUUUGUCUUUAUAGUGUACUGAAAUGAAUGGGAAACAAUGGCUGCCCAAAGGCAGGGAAAACAUCUAAAAGACUUUUGUAUGUAGAAAAAUGUUCUGCAGCAAUGUAAUAAGUUAUAACUUUGAGUUUUUUUUAUUUGAUAAAUAUGCUAAACACUGUUUUUCUUACAUUUCUGAAUGCAAAUAAUAAUGUGCAAAUUUGGAGAGAACAUUAUUUUGUCUCUCGCAGUCCAAAAACAUGCAGGUUAAGGUGAACUCUAAAUUGCCCAUAGAUGUGAAUGUGAAUGGCUGCCUGUCUAUUUGUGAGGUAACAUUACUGGUGCUUGUAUAAAUGUGUUUAUUAUGGAGGCAUUAUGCUUGCAAAUGUUACAUGCUCGCCGUGAUUUUCAAAUUCGGUAAUGCCUUCCCCUUUAGAGAUCAGAAAUCAGAAUAAGAAGUUUCCUGGAAAAAAACAAUGUAGUUUGGUACAAAAUAUGGAAAUGUCCUUGAAAGAAACGCUUCAUUUAAAGCAUUUUUUUCUUUUUUAUUUGAAUCUUUAUUUUCCAUAUAUGCUGAAUAUGCUAUAUAGAUAAAUUUGACAUUUUUGCAUGAUCAGCUAACCUGCUGUACACUACACACUCCCUGUAAUUAGUACCAAAUUAUAUAGAUUUUUACAGGAAAUGCCUUGAAAUUACAUCAAAUAAAACAUUUUCACAAGCUCUACUGGUAAAAAAAAAAGCCCAAAGUAGUAGGCUAUUAAAACAGGACAGUAUUGCUAAUAUUUAAGUUACUCCGUGCUGUAAAAUGUAUAUUGAAUAUCUUGUGUUUCUAAAUUGUAAAUACCAAGAAAUGAAUUCAGGUGUUUCUCACCAUUUGCAGUGUUAUGUAGCAUGAAACAAACAGCCCUGAUGAUAAUAAUAAUAAUAAUAAUGUCUUCACGUUUGGGUGCUUGUGACUGCAUGCACUGGCACUCUCACAUCAAUAUACAGUACAUGUUUGUGUGUAUUUGGCCUAUAGACAAUGGAAAGGUUGUGUUUUGUAUUUAAAGACCUUCGUCAAUGGAUCCGUUAAUAGUUUUGCGCCCAAAAGACACUUCUGCUGUUAUAAUAUGAUUGAUGUGAAUUUGACUUAACACUGCCUUUUGGACACUGUGAACUUUUGGUACUCUAUAUUUUUGUAUAAUGUACACUGUAAAAAAAAAAAAAAAA